CCUACCAAAAAUGGCUAUCCAAUUUCUUCUCUCUGUUGCCUUCCUUCUAUGUUCCUUUACUUCUGGGAAUCAUGCUAACUCAAUUCAACUGGGUUCCACCAUCGUCGCUGGCACCAAUUCAUCCUGGCUAUCAUCCUCCGGGGAUUACGCCUUUGGAUUCUACCACCUUACCACUGGCCGCUAUCUUGUUGGAAUCUGGUUUGACAAAAUUCCUGAUAGAACAUUGGUUUGGUCUGCAAACCGUGACAACCCAGUUGAAAUUGGAUCAUCCAUCAAUCUCACACGAAGUGGCCAAUUUGUGCUCCAACCUCUCAACGGGGAUUCAUUCCCCAUAUACGAAGGAACAAACGCUGCAUCAGCAGAAAUGAACGAUGACGGGAAUUUCGUCUUGAAGAAUUCUCUUUCCAACGUUAUAUGGCAGAGCUUUGAUUCACCCACGGAUACUCUUCUAUUAGGCCAAACCUUCAAUACCAGUCGGAAGCUCUACUCCAAUGCCAAUGGAUCAGUUGACUACUCAACUGGACAAUACAGUUUGGAGAUUCAGCAGUCUGAUGGCAACAUUCUUCUUAAAGCUCAUCGCUUCACGGAUUCUGCCUACUGGUGGAGUGGCACUGUCCAAAACACAGGCGUGAGAAUUAUUUUUAACAGCACAACAGCUUUUCUUUACGCGGUCAACGCCACCAAUCAAAUUAUAUAUUACAUGACUACAGAGGCAGAGGGUGCAAUCCAAGAUUACUAUCACCGUGUGGUGGUGGAUGACAAGGGAAACUUUCAGAAGUGGAUUUACCUUAAAGAGAAUGGAAAUGAGUGGAGAUCAGUGUGGAAGGCAGUAACAGAGCCUUGCACUGUGACGGCCCUUUGUGGGGUGUAUGGCUUUUGCAAUACAACUGAUUCUGAGAACCAUACAUACACCUGUGGAUGCUUACCUGGUUAUACUCCUUUGGAUCCAACAGCACCCUCCAAGGGGUGCUAUCUCAGUGAGGUCAUGGACUUGUGUGCUGCAAAUUCUUCUGCCUCUAACUUUAUGGUAGAAGUGAAAGAGAUUCAACGUGCUGAUAUACCAACCGAAGGCUACGUUUUUUUUGAUCAACGAGUCUUGAAUAACAUGGAUCUGGAAAGAUGCAAGAAAGAAUUGAUGGAUGAUUGUCUCAGCAUGGUUUCUGUUUUAAUUGGCAGUGAUUGCCAUAAGAAAAAAUGGCCAAUUAUAAAUGCCGCGAGAAUCAUCCCUAAAACUAAUAAUAGUGUGAUGCUGGUUAAAGUUCCUCUGGUUGCCAAUGAUAAAAAAUCAUCUUCUUUGGUUGUUCUGAUAGCGGCUCUCAUCUCUUGUUCAUUACUUGCUUCAUUGUUUGUAGCUACUACCAUAUAUCAUCACCCCGUUUGUCUGCAUAAAAAAGCACCACCAAAGCCAAAGCCAAAGCCGAUGGAUAUCAAUCUGAAGGCAUUUUCAUUCCAACAGCUGAGAGAAGCAACUAAUGGAUUCAAAGAAAAACUUGGUCGAGGUGCCUAUGGUACGGUGUAUGGUGGGAUUUUAAACAUGGAAGGUCAACAGGUUCAGGUUGCUGUCAAACAACUGGAGCAAGUAGAAGACCAAGGUGAUAAAGAAUUUGUGACAGAAGUUCAAGUUAUUGCUCUCACUCAUCACAGAAAUCUUGUUGGCUUAUUGGGAUUUUGCAAUGAGCAGAGUCACAGGCUUUUGGUUUAUGAGAAAAUGGAAAACGGAACACUAUCCAACUUCCUUUUCGAUGAAGGCGAUAAACCCAGCUGGGAAAGUAGAGUGAGAAUUGUGGUUGAAAUUGCAAGAGGCUUGCUAUAUCUGCAUGAAGAUUGUGACCAUCAAAUCAUCCACUGUGACAUAAAGCCUCAGAAUGUUCUGCUUGACUCUAAUUACACUGCAAAGAUCUCAGAUUUUGGACUGGCAAAGUUGCUAAUGAAAGAUAAAACUCGAACAAACACCAAUGCUAGAGGGACAGUGGGAUAUAUGGCACCAGAAUGGCUCAAAAAUGCACCUGUUACUACAAAGGUGGAUAUCUACAGCUUUGGUGUCAUGUUGCUGGAAAUCAUAUUUUGCAGAAAACAUAUAGAGUUGCAUCAAAUUGAGGAUGAAACAAUGGGUGAUGACUUGAUACUAAUAGAUUGGGUCUUGUAUCUGGCAAAACAAAACAAUUUAAGAGCCGCAAUGAUUCAUCAUCUCGAAGUUGAAAGUGAUAUCAGGAGGUUUGAAAGAAUGGCCAUGGUUGGAUUAUGGUGCGUAAAUCCCAAUCCAGCUCUUCGACCAUCUAUGAAAACUGUAGUACAGAUGUUGGAAGGAAAUGUGGAAGUGGGAGUCCCAUCAAUCGACUCAUAG